AUGGCUUCACCGGAAUUGCUAGAAUCUCUGAAGAGAUCUCUUGAGAACUCAAAAGCCGAAUAUGUCCGUCUCGGUAAAAGUGGUCUCAAGAUUUCUGUCCCCUUCAUGGGAGCCAUGAGUUUAGGGCCCAAACACUGGGCACCGUGGCUCAUCGAGGAAGAAGAAGCACUUCCCCUCCUGAAAGCUGCUUACGAUCAAGGAAUCAACACUUGGGACCCUGCAAAUGUGUAUUCAAGCGGCGAAUCAGAGAGAAUGAUAGCCAAAGCGAUCAAGAAAUAUGACCUUCCUCGCCAUAAGCUGGUCAUUAUGACAAAGUGUAGUGUGUAUGUGCCGGAGAAGACCACUUGGCGCCACAUGUUCUAUGGGAAAGAGAUGCCCGUGUCCAAGGACCAUGUCAAUCAAGGAGGUCAGAUUCCUUCAUUCCUUUCCCGCCAGGCAAUUUUAAACACCAUCAACGCUUCCCUUGACCGCUUGGAAACCACCUACAUCGACCUCCUCCAAAUCCACCAAUUCGAUGACGAAACACCUGUUGAAGAGACCGUGGAAGCACUGCAUAACCUCGUCAAAGCUGGCAAAGUACGAUAUACCGGCGCCUCAAGCAUGUGGGCCACACAAUUACCUCAGCUGCAGUUCUGUGCUGAGAAACAUGGUUGGGCGAAAUUCAUCAGUAUGCAGAAUUAUUACAAUACGUUGUAUAGGGAGGAAGAGAGGGAAAUGAACAGGUUUUGUAAUGAGACUGGGGUGGGCAUUGUCCUGUGGGCUCCACUUCAGCGGGGAUACGUUUGCCGUCCUCCGGAGAUGAAUGGAACGACGACGAGGAAAAGCUGGAGAAAAGCGGAUGAAUUUGUAGAGCCAGCUAUUAGCAUUGUUCGACGAGUGCAAGAGGUUGCGGAGAUAAAAGGAUGGAAGAUGAGCCAAGUGGCUCUGGCAUGGAUUAAUACGACGGUCAGCAGUUCCUCAUUGGUUUUACGAAAGCUCUUGGAGUAAGAGGGAAGACUCUUACAAAGGAGGAAGAGAAAAAUCUCGAAGAUUUGUAUCAGCCACGGUUCGUGACCUUGUUUUAACUCGUCCC